GUGCAGUGGGCGAUGUGACACCAGGAGUAUGUAAGGCAUGUUGUGGUGUCAUCCCAUCAUUUUUACAGCAGCUCUCCUUUGAUCUACAUCACAGAGCAGCGAUGGCAGCAGCAGCCGUGCCAAGAAGCAGAGGAGUGGCUGGUGGCCUGUACUUCCUCUUCACUCUGAUGUGUCUGGUUUGCCUCGCAAGUUCACUGAUCGACAUGAACAAAGUGAGCAGUGAUGGCAGCAGCAGCCGUGCCAAGAAGCAGAGGAGUGGCUGGUGGCCUGUUCUUCCUCUUCACUCUGAUGUGUCUGGUUUGCCUCGCAAGUUCACUCAUGGACAAGGACAAACUGGCGGAUAUCAAGGAAUGCAAUCAGAUAAAUCAACAGAAACUGGACGAAUUGAAGGCACAAAAGGCCAUCUUUUUAGAGACUGUGAGUGAAAAGAUGAGGUACUUUUACUCAGUGAUGACAUAUCUGAAGGAAAUGGGAGAAGAAUCUGAAGAAUUUCUGACACUGGAGAGAAACAUGGAGAACCUCAAGACCUUUGCAGAUGAGGAGAAUAAGAAGGUGGAUGCAGAAAUAGAGAAAACUGAACAGGAACUGAGAGCUAUGGGGAAAAUAAUCAAAGCCCUGGAGAAAGGUCAUGCUGAACUGUAACUUCCAUGUCAAUCAGUGCCUAUUGUAGAGACAAAUUUAUCAUUACCCUAUAUUUACAUGUAAUAUCCUGUUGUUUAGAGAGUAUUCUGCUUUCCUUUUGUGUGCAAGUUUUCACUUCACUGUGUACUGUCAUGGAAAACUACUGUAUAACCUUUAACUUUAUGUAACCUGUGCUCUGUAGUGGAAUACUGCAUUUACUGCCUACAUGACUGUUCUCAUGUAAUCCAAAAACAUACAGAACCGGUUCCAGCUGGCUGCCAUCUUUGCAACUGCAUACCCUCAUUUAUUUAGUUUUGAGCCAAAAGUAUUAAAGUCUUGGACAAAAGACAGACCCGUAGACAAGAGAUCAACUAUGACCUAAAGAGUUAACUACAACAUAGGUUAGAGGACAGGAGCUGACAGUCUUUGCAGUUGUGGGUGUUUGGUUUACUGGAAUCAUUCUAAAAGCUGAAACUCUGAGAGUUAAAUGUUCUUUCAGACUUGUUUUUAACAAAAAAGAAAUGGUGGGUGCCCAUUUCAUUUUAUGAAGCCUCUUUAAUGGUGUAAGAAGUUUCACUUUUGUUAUAAUCACAUACUGACCCCUGGUGGUCAUAGUAAAGAAUGCAGUUUCCUGAAAACAGCAAAAGCCAAAAACUCAGCAAUGGUAUGAUUCAAGCUACUGGAGAGUAAAAGCCUGUGAACUUAGUAAGUAUACAUUCCAAAAACGUAACACUCUGGACACUGAGAGUUUGAACAAGCAGAUCUGAUCAACAUCAGCAACAUGGCGCCAUACAUUCAAAUAAAUGGUGGGUGCCCAUUUAAUUUAGUCAAAAACAGUGAAUGUAAAUUCAGUUUCCUGUACUGUUACUGACUUCCUUUCACCAUUUUGCAUUGCUAAUCACAUUCUCAUGUGUCUGUCACAGCUGCUUCCAUGGUUGAAGUCACACAAGACAGGAGGUUGAUUGAAUUGUAUUUAAGAUCUUUGCCUAUUAAAGCAGUGCUAUAGGAAGUUCAUUUUGACACCACUGGCCAGAAAUCCCAAUAUCCCAAUAAUUCAUUUUAAACAUAUUGUACUGUAGAGCACUAGACUUCUGCACCUCCUCUUGGCUGUUUUCAGGCCAUGACAGGAUACUUCAGCCAAUCACAGGUCAUUUCACAUAGAGGGCAUUCCUGCUGGCUGUUCUGCACAUGCUGGUGUGCGUGUCCCUUCAGUGAAAGCCUGAUUCAAUGGCAGAGAAUCCUGCAGAGAAUGUUGCCUCUGCAGCAUUGGCAACAAAUGCCUACACUGCAAAGCAACCCAUGACAGGAAGAUCGGCUUGUCAGAAAUAGAGUCUAAAAGAGAGUCUGACAAAAUAAAACAUGUGUCAAUAUUGUAAUAAUAAUAUUAUAAUAUCAUAAUAUUCAGAGAUCAAGAGAAAAUGUUGAUAAUAAUUUAGCCUUCUGCUAACGGAAACCAAAGGCUCACAGCUGUGACUUCAUGUUCAUGUUUAUGUAACUAAUGUUACCUAGAGCGUUGAAUCACAGUGUGUCCUCCGCCUCACUCCCCACCACUACAGACAACCUCACUGGGAGGUGAGUAAAAAUGCUGAUACACAUUUGCUACAGGAGUAGCAGCUGCAACUUUUUGACAGCUGCAGUUACUUAGAAACAGAAGACGUCAAGUCAAGUCAAUUGUAUUUAUGUAGCCCAAUACCACAAAUCAAAAAUUUGCCUCAAGGGGUUUCAGGAAAAGUCAGAGGACACCAAAGUCAGUAUGGUUCAUCAUCUGGGGACAAAGAACUAUCCAUCCCAUGGUUACAGAGCCCCAAGAGGCAAGGUAUAAAAAAAUUGCAGGCAAUAACUUUACCUGUUAGGAGACCUCUUAGGAGAUACAUUAUCUCCUACAUACAAGAUGUAUCUCCUACAUAGGAGAGAUAAUAUCUCAUAUAUAGGAGAUAAUAUCUUGUACAUAGCAGAUAAACUUCUCUUUUGGACAGCAUUGCUUACAAAAUAUUUUCACCUUGCUUCUUAGGGCUUCAUGCGUCAAAAUAUUUCAGUCUAACCCCAGAUUUAUCUGGCAGAGGGAUUUAAAUUUGAACAUUAAUAAGGAUUCCUGGACAAGGAUCAUCUCCAGUGCAGGCUGGUUUACAUGAGAAGCUUGGUGAAAAUGUACAAGUUAUAAGAUACUUCAUUGAUAUUAUACUGUAUAAUAUCUUACACCAGUCUGUCUUCAUAAAAUGGGUUUGCUAGAAAAUAAUCUAUGCUGGGAAUGUAAAAGGCAGGAAGGCACCUUUAUCCAAGCAAUGUGGGCCUGUCCUCGAGUUCUACCUUUCUGACGAGAGAUAAUCAAAACAAUACAAGAGUGGCUAGGUGUGCCUGUUCCUCAAUCAGUUCAACUUUGCCUCUUGGGGGACAGAUCAUGUCUACCCAAGAUCUCCUAACCAGCAUUUGCUUUACCCCUAACAGGCUUUAUCUCAGCUGCUAGGGUCAUCCUUCACAACAGGAAAAGUUGUUCUACACAGAGAGUAAUAUUGUAAAGUAACUUACUACUUUCAAAUGAAGCCAGCUAGUUAUAUGUAAUAUAGUACAUUUUGAGAGUAACUUGCCCAGCACUGUUUAUGUAGUGAAGAGACCACUGACGUCCCCUUAUUCAUGUCUGGAAAAAAACAAGCUAAUGAAAUCAUUAAAUAAGCAAGGAGGAGGGGCUGAAUUGUAUGGCUUGGAGGACAAUGUUGCAGAGUCAAUAUUGGCUGUUGUCAACUGCCCAUUCAUAUGGUUGUUUAUCUUCCACUUUACAGUUCACUCUGGUCUCAUCAAUGCCAUCACAGUGCACUUGUGGAGUAAAGAUUGUGACACGAUUUUGUAGGCUGAGGUAUUAAUUAGUGAUUUCCUCCGCGAUCGUCAGAGAACUUCGCAGCAAGUGACAACCGCAGCCACCAUGGCAGCAUACAGAGGAUUCUUGCUGCUCCUCAAAUUAGCUGGAUUCAUGUUUCUCAGCGUGUUCUGCUUUUACCAAUGGGACAUGUCACAGGAUAAGAGAGUGGAGAGAAUCCGUCAGCUGCAGGAACAGAGAAAGCAGCUGCUAAGAGAAAUGUGUGAUGGUGACGAAGGGGUCUUUCCUGAGGGGAGGCAGAGUUUAGAAGAUUUGAGUGACAAUGAGCUGAAGCACCUCAUUGUGGAUGACAAUCACGGCAUCAUCUACUGUUACAUUCCCAAGGUGGCGUGCACCAACUGGAAGAGGGUUAUGUUUGUCCUUAACAUGAGUGCACCCUAUCAGGACCCCAUGUCCAUAGCUGGUGACAUGGUCCACCUCCCCAAAACGUUCACGCAGCUAAACAGUUUCCCAAGACAAGAGAUGAAGGUAAAGCUAAAGCACUACACCAAGUUCCUCUUUGUCCGGGACCCAUUCGUCCGUCUCAUCUCCGCCUACCGAAACAAGUUCCAGCGGCACAAUGAGUACUUCUAUCAACACUUUGGUCGGGACAUUCUGCGCCUGUAUGCUAACCAGUCUGAUCCACCAGAGACAGAGGACGAGGCUUUUGCCUCUGGCAUACGCCCAUCAUUUUACAACUUUAUUCAGUACCUGCUGGACCCACAGACAGAAAAGGAAGUCCCCUUCGAACCCCACUGGAGGCAGAUGCACCGUCUGUGCCAUCCCUGCCUCAUACAGUAUGAUUUUGUUGGCCAUCAGGAGACUCUCCAGCAGGAUGCUGAACAGCUGCUGAAGAUGUUGAAGCUAGAGGACGACAUCAAGUUCCCUCCUUCCUAUGAAAACAUGACUUCCCCUGCUUCUAUGUUGGACUGGUUCAGCACAGUGCCCCUAGAGGCCAGGAGGAAGCUGUACGAGCUCUAUGAGAUGGACUUCAGGCUCUUUGGCUACAGAAAGCCUUCUGAACUGCUUGAUGGUUAAGAUGACGGCAUGAUUUGGACUCCAGUCUUCCCCAUACAGCCGAGGGACAUUAAAGCCACAGUAUUUAAGAACAAUUACUAGGAUCUUAUGCAGAUAAAUUAUGACAUGGAAAUGACCAAUAUUUUACGAAUUGCCUUUCCCAAAAACAGGCAUGUAUGCGCUGAGAUACAGCUCACUUUCCCCCCCACUGAUAGGGUGAUGAACUUCACUUGUUUGUGAAAAUAGUCUGUGUAAAGUAUCAUGUGAAUAUUUCUAUUUUUUUUUUAUUUCACACAAGAGUGUUUCAAUACGUGCAUGUUUCCACACUGUCAAAGG